AUGACAGUAUUGAAAUACUGGAUGGCAUUGGCUCUGAACAUGGUUUUCUUGCUGAGGAACGGCGACGCGCAACUUGAGCCGGUCUUCCUGGGUCUCAUCCUAGCGCAAACAAACAUUAUUGUGCAUCUGUAUGUAUUUCUCACUAGACAAGGCAUAGACGUAGAGCGUGAUAUAGUGCUGGAGCAAGGGAAAGCCGAGAAGCUUCACUGA